GCCGCCCCACGUGAGGGCGGGCCGCCGGAGAUGGCCGGUAACCCGGAUGCAGCUACUCCGCAAGAUGGCGGCGGCGGCGCUGGAGGGCGGCGCGUUGUAGCGCCCGCGAAGCGGAUCCCGGCCCCGUCAUGGCGGACCUGGGCCGGCAGUUGCAGGAGUACCUCGCGCAGUCGAGGGCCGCUGCCGCCGGCGGCCCCAGCACGGUCCCCGCGUCGCCGCCCGCCGGCUGCUUGCAGGAGGAGGCGGGGAGCGGCGGCGGCCUGGGGGCCUGGCUGGGUCCGCUGAACCCCUUCCCGCCGGGCCGCGGCGCCCCCCCCCGCGGCAGCGCCCGGUCGGGGCCGGGGCCGGGCUCGGGCUCGGGCUGGCCGUGGGCGGCCGAGGCGGACCCCUGCCUGCCGGCUCUGUCGCGCUGGCAGCGGCUGGCGGGGAGCGGGCUCUGCCUGCUGCUGGCCGCCCUCUGCUUCGGGCUGGCCGCGCUGUACGCGCCGCUGCUGCUGCUCCGGGCACGCAAGUUCGCGCUGCUCUGGUCCCUCGGCUCGCUCUGCGCCCUGGGCGCCGCCGCCCUGCUGCGCGGGCCCGCCCGCCUGCUGCGGGAGCCCAGCAGCGGCUCCCUCCUCUACCUCGGCGCCCUCGGCGGCACCCUCUACGCGGCGCUGGGGCUGCGCAGCACCCUCCUGACGGCGCUGGGCGCCGCCGUCCAGCUGGGCGCCGCCGCCGCCUCGCUCCUGGCCGCGCUGCCUGGGGGAGCCGCCGGCCUUCGCCGCCUCGGCGGCCUCCUCGGCGCCGCGCUGCGCCGGCGCGGCAAAGCGCUGCCGGUGUGAGAGCGCUGCCGGGGCGAGCCCCCCGCCGCCGCGGCGAGGGGGACGGGAGCGGCCGUACCCCGGCGGGACGCGGGCGAAGGGACUGGGAGA